CCCCCAGCCCCUGCCCCUGCCCGUCGCCGUACAACGCCAGCCACUCGCGGGGCGGCGGCAGGGCCGGAGUGCUACGCAGCGUCGCCCGUCAGCCGCGCAGCCAGCCCCGGCCCGAGGGGAGCAGCCCCCCAUGGCUGACCGGAGCCUGAUCGAGGGCGCCGAGCCCUUACCCCGCAGGGAGGAGGCUCCGGAGUGGGGCUACGAGGAAGGGGUCGAGUGGGGGCUGAUUUUUCCCGAUGCCAACGGGGAGUACCAGUCGCCCAUCAACUUGAACUCGAGAGAAGCGAAAUACGACCCCUCGCUCCUGGAAGUGCGUCUGUCACCCAACUACGUCGUUUGUCGUGACUGCGAAGUGAUUAACGACGGGCACUCCAUUCAGAUCGCCCUCAAAUCCAAAUCAGUGUUAAUAGGUGGGCCAUUACCUCGAGGACAUGAGUUUGAACUACAUGAUGUUCGAUUUCACUGGGGGAGAGAAAACCAGCGUGGUUCUGAACACACAGUUAAUUUUAAAGCCUUUCCCAUGGAGCUUCAUCUAAUGCACUGGAACUCCACACUAUACAGCAGCAUUGAUGAAGCAGUAGGGAAGAAGCAUGGCAUAGCUAUCAUUGCUUUAUUUGUACAGAUAGGAAAAGAGCAUGUAGGCCUAAAGGCUGUAACUGAAAUUCUCCAGGACAUCCAGUACAAGGGAAAGUCCAAAACUAUACCCUGUUUUAAUCCCAACUCUUUAUUACCAGAUCCUCUACUGCGUGACUACUGGGUGUAUGAGGGCUCCCUAACAGUUCCACCCUGCAGCGAAGGUGUCACCUGGAUUUUAUUUCGCUAUCCUUUGACUGUGUCCCAAGUGCAGAUAGAGGAAUUUCGUAGACUGAGGACACAUGUUAAGGGUGCAGAACUUCUAGAGGGCUCUGAUGGAAUCCUAGGAGAUAACUUCAGACCAACUCAGCCACUUAGUGACAGAGUCAUCAGGGCUGCAUUUCAGUAGUAGAAGAGGAAAAACAACAAUAAAUCUUUAUUAAUAGAGGAGGAAGACAAUGCUCCCACAGUGCCCUUGGAUGAGAAAUGGAAACUUUUGAGGCUGCUGCUUCAGUUGAACCACAAAGCCUGUAUUGUUUGUCUUCAUCUAAUUCAGCCUUGAUAGACAGCUGUGACAGUUGUUCUGUCCACACAGUCUGGUAGAAUUCUGGGAAUGGGGCUGUACAUUAAAAGAAGAAAACAUUAAAUCUUCCAAUUUACACUGUUUGCUAUUUUUAAAUGGUAACUAUCAUUGCUUAUGUAAUUUCUUUGCAGUAACAUUCAAUAAUGCCUGUGAUCCAAAUAGUACUAAUUUUAAGCUUUGUAUGAAUGUUAAUAUAUGUAGAAAUACUCAUUGUUUUGAAUGUUACAUUUAAUUUUAUUUUGUAGCAUCUCUUGUGCUGUCAGUAACCAUCUUUUCUGUAGAGGGGAGGUGUGUUCUGUAAAGCCAAUAAAACCAUUGGUUGUUCACAAAGUAAUAUACAAACUCAGAAUUCAUUUUUGGCAGAAAUGAACACUUCUCUGGCAAGCCUUUGCACUUAACAUGACCUAUCAGAAUAAAGCUGAAUGGCAUUUGCAUUAUUAGGAAACUUAUUUGAAUAAAAAACAACUUUGAAAUAAGGAAAAUUAAUUGAUAUUACAGCAAAAAGAGUCAUGGAAGUUUACAAAGAAAUGUUCGUUUCAGGCAGAAAAUUACCAGCCUUUGUUCUCUUGUGAAUUAUGACAGUUCAUUUGUUUCUGCACAUGGCUGGGGAUGGUGUUCUGAGACCCUUCUCUGCAUGUCCCAAGCUGCUGCACAGCUGCCACACAUGACACAGCUCUGACAGAGCAAAAAAGAGAGAGGUAGCCCAAGCUUGCUGAAUUAGUUCUUAGCUUACAGUUCCUUCGAAACACAUAGCGCUGAAAAACACUGUCAUGUGGUGGGAAAUAGCUGUGGUCUCCAUGGCUUUUGGUGCAGUUCAUUUUGCUAGCAUGUUUCUGGUGAGACCUGUGUGAGUGCAGGAAUGUAGAGGCACAGAUGGCAAGUUCCAGGCAGGACACAAUGGAGAUGCAAACAGGUUCACAAAGCAGAGGUUACUCCCUGGGAACAGAUCGGUGAGUCAUCUAUCACAAAGUCAUCACCAUGCAGUGGUAAAUGUAGUUUCACAAGGUAUGAACACUCCAUUUCCAGAAGGUCUGGUCCUGAAUAUUAAGUUACAAAGUGUCUGAGUCAUAUAUGUGUAUAUUAGGGACAACAGAAACAAUAGGAGAAACUCAUACUCUGCAUAUGAGCAUGGUGGGAGAGAGUGGAUGUAGCUCACCAGUUCAUGUGGUUAUAACUAUGUGUACUGCAGGAAUGUGUGAAGAGACAUGCAGCUACCCUGGGUAUUGCAGUAGAAGUAUGUAAGUCCAUCAUGAAGUCAUAUGUUUAUGAGGAUUAGUAGAGUUGUCAUUGACAAACUGCUCCUUGAGCCUAUCGAAACUCAUAUUUCUUAGAGUUAUGUAUAAGAAUUUUUCUUUCUAUCUUCUGCCCAAAUUUAAGCAAAGUUCACACACGUUACUAGUCAGAAGGCUCAAGAUAGCAGUGUUGACCAAAAAUAUGCUUUCUCUCUGCAAUAACCCAGCAUUAUGUCAUAGUAACAGCUUCAAUGGAUGCUGCCCCUUCCAUCCGCAGGGACUCAGUGGUCCUUAUGUGCCCUUUCCAACUUGGAAUAUUCAGUGAUUCUACAACUCCUCAGACAAUUGCAAACAAUAACUCAACCCCAGAGCCUGGCCUCCUCUAUAUUUUGCUGUAGGGGAAGGUGAAGUCUCUGCAUAAGGACUGCUGUACAUAGUACCUGGUCUACAAAGGCUUGGCCAGGUUGUCUGCAGAUAUUGGCAGUCACCUGAUAGUUUGUAGUUGUCAGGUCCAGCUCUGAAAUCUCUAAAAAGAAAAAAAUUAAGGAAAAUACCUGCCAGUUGAGGGCAUCUUCCUAUCUCCUUACACCAUGUAAGGAAAACCCUCCAAAACUGGAGUGAAGUAGACUAUGAACCUGGUGGUUCCUGGCGUGUACAUCUAACUCAUUCAGAAGAUCUUUUCCCUUUGCAUGUGAUGUAUUAUUAACUACUGGGUAUUAACUGAAAGGAACUGUAAUACUAAUAUGGCAAAUAUUGACGUUAUGAUGAAAUCUGAAAUAGUUUAUUCUCGGAAUAAACAUGUUCCUUAUCUUGGAGCUGGCUGAUAUUAUUCUGGCUGUGAAAUACAGAUACAUUGCAAAACAAAUGAUGUAAUGUCUCCACCGAAAAAUUGAAGUCCAUUACUUCCCUUUCCUGUGCUCUCUUCCUGUGUUUGCUGUUCUUUCCUGCAUUGCCUUGGACUUUGAAGCCUGACUCAUAUAAAUCCUACUACUGAGGAAAUGAGGCUUGUAAACUUGUCUCAGCAUUUGUGAAUUUUCUUUUUUUUUGAAGGCUUGGCUUGAAAAGAAAUGAAAAAAAAAAAACCAACCAACCAACACCACAGAGCCUGACCUCAUCUUGAUUCAAAGAGACCCUGCACCUCCCCAGAUAUCAGGCAAACAACAGGAGAUGGGAUCUGAGAAAAGGAAAUAUUAGUGGACAGAUGUGAAACCAGUUUCUUCUGUGCAACUUCAUUCAAAACCUCACUGUCAUCACCGGCACUUCUGAGACUUCUCAGAAAAGGAAGCUGACAUGAAACUGUCCAGUUACAUGUGUUUUAAUGCAUCUCUCAGCUAACUCUAUGACCCAAGUGAGAAAUGUGCUAGAAUAUGCAAGGACACCAUGUGGAUUUAUGCUGUUUGCUUGAGGACUCUGAAAUCAUAAACCAAUGGAUGGAUUACAGUGAGAUAAAUGCAGUGUUUUCUCCUGCCAAAUUAAAAUCUGUCCCAAUAUUUUUCAUUGCAUCAGUUAAUUGAAAGCAGCUUCCAUUUUGCUCAACCCAGCCAUAUGAAAAUUUAAAAGAUAAGCCACGUUUCUUCAUUUGAAUACAUUGUCAAAUGUAUUUGAAAGUAAAAUGCUCAAUCACAAUAAUGUUAAGUGUACUCCUUAUGUUUGUGGGUUUGAAAUGCUAAACCCAGUAAUACUCCUUUAAAACUGUGCCAAUCUUGUUUCACUUGAAGUCAGUAGGAAUAUGGCCAGUGACAUACGUGAAAGCAAAGAUGUCACCUAUAAAUUACCUUCAGCAUAAUAUUUUUUUGUUGCACAUUGCUGCCAUAUUUUGAUAUUUUAAAACAAUAGUGAUGAACUGGAAUGCGCUAUGUUUUGUUUUCUGAAGCAGUUGCCUUUGUCCAAUAUGUGAGCACAGACCCCAGUCCUGCAGGCAUAUACUCACAAGGAGAAUUGCAAAGCAGGAAUACUGUUUGCUGUCUUCAACAUGUCUGGGCACAGCCCGGGAGCCCACCUACACAAAGUUAAUGGUUUUCUGAAACAUGUGGAUGCCUGCUUGUACACACGUGAGAGAAGUUCUGCUACUUCAUUAAAGGAAAUACCUUCCUUUGGGCUCUGAAAGCAGUGGCUGCUUGUUCACCUUCUCAGAGGGAAAAACAAAUCCAACCUGAAUACAAGAGAAAUAGGCUACAUAAAGGAGGAAUUUCAUCUGCACUGGAUGACCAUUGUGGUGACUGGUACUCUGAAAUUCAUUGUUCCUAUGCUGGGGAAACCAGGACAGUUUGUGGGCUCCUAGAAGUGUGUGAUCCCAGUCUGUGUCCUAAGUUCAGCUAAGUCAGCAAAGCUGGAGACAAUGGCAUGUGAACUGUUAUAAUUCACACCAAAAAGAAAAGAAAGAACAAAAAAGAAAAAGAAGGUACCAAAAGUUACAGAACCCAUCCCCAACCCAUCAAGAAUGGUUUAUCACAUUCUGUUUAUGGCUAAAACUGCACUGAAAUGUAUUUUCAAUUAGACACAGAUGCACACUGACAACAGUAUGAUGACAAUUCAAUUACCAUAAUACAUUCAGCAUAGACUAUACUUGUGAAUUUGUGACACGUACUUUUUUUUUUUUUUAAAAAAAAAAAAACCCUGCUGAGAGGUUCCAUAACUCUAAACAGUGUUUACCCAAGGUCCUGAAGAGCAUUUUACUGGUGAUUUUAAACACAGUGAGUGAAAUCCAGGCCUUGUGAAGUAAAUGCAACUUUUACUAUAUAGGUUGUAGGUUGUAAUAUUUACAUAUUCUGAUUCUCUCAGUAGAUUGUAAAGCAACACUUUAAUAUCAUGUGAGAUAAUUGAGUAAUGUCACUAACACAACUGAGGGAGUCCUUUCUACCUUUCACAUUAAUACUUUAAUUCUUCGUCUCAAAAAUCUGUUCAACAGGGAUGUGGCCUUCUGUCCCAUAUCAAACAAUCUUGAAUGACUGCAAAAAAAAAGAUGAAGUUGGGUUUUUAUUUGAACUCUCAUUGACAUCUUGUCUUUCAGCAUUACCCUUUCAUUUUGCUAAUUUCUGAAUUCCACUUCAUGUUUAUUUUAAGCUGAAAACUAAUAAUAUCUGUUGAGUGGGAGGUUGGAGCUAUGUUACAAGAAUUUUUCAAGCAAAGACUAUAUUUAAAAUGAAGUAUCUAUAAUUCAGCUGAAGAGAAUGAAUUUCAUAGCUUUGAAAAAAAUCCUUUUCUGAUAUGACUCAUGCGUUUGAUGGCAAUUACAGUUGUCAAAUAUACUUGCGGCAGAUAUGGGCAUAUACCUAAAACUACUAGCCAGUUAACCUUAUGAUUAAUAUCUUCCCAUUUGCAUCUGCAGUAUUUUUAAUGUUUUCAAGCAAAAUUUUUAAAAUGCUAUUUUGUUGAUACAGACUGGGUUUAAAAAACUAUGAUCAAAAAUCAGGGUAGACCUGAAAGUAUAUGUUGCUGGACCACAUAAUUUUUUAUCUGAUUAGAACAAAUUGUCUUACUUCACAGACACAGAACCCAUAAAUACUCAUGUGUCUAGAAGCACCUGAUUACUGCGAAUAACACAGUUUCACUGCAGAAGUGAAAUAUGUAACAGCUCCUUCUGAGCAUCCAGACCAGAUGAAAAAGAACAAAAGGAUGCAUACAUAGGCAUUUGUUUGAAUACAAGCUGACAACGCAUAUAGAAUGUUUUUUUGGAAAACCUUAGCUACAGAAAUGCCUCUAGCUGAGUAGGGAAAACGUUAUGUGAAUAAAAAUUUUUAUGUACACGAGUUGCUCUGAGACUAAUAUCUGCUAUUUAUUUCCGUGGAAACCACAACAGGCACAAAAAACACAAUAACACUAUUUAAUAUAUCAAACUCUCAGCCACAUAACACAUAGUCACCACCAUUAAGUAUGCAGUUUUGUUAUCGGUAAACAAGAACCUGCACGCUGCACAUUUAAAAAUAUGCAACAACAGAAGUUACCCACUGUUUCACAGCUGCUAUGAUAGUGUCAUUGCUGAAAUGCACCACCCACUGCCUCUCUGUGCUCACAUCCACUGUUUGGUCUCCAUAGACAUCUCCAUAUGCAUCAACGGGUAUCAGUAAGUGCAAUGUUUUCCACGUUGAGAAAUUCAGUGACGUUCCAUCGCUUCAUAUGCUCUUCCUUGUCAGAUGCCAUUGUGUCAGACUGCCCCUCUGCUGCCAUCUGUCACAGAGCAACAACAUGUAAUGGAGUACUGUCAGGAAGGUUCAGCCUCUACUGCUGUACCAUCAACAUCCACCUCUGGUUUUAUGGGCCAAUAUAAGAUAGGAGGCAUUUCUUUCAGAGCAGCACUUGUAGUAUAAAAAUAUGUAGUAUAAAAAUAGUAUGGUUGAGUUAAUGUGCUAAGAAUUCUGGUAUUAUAUUUUUUCACCACUUUCUAGUAAGAUUUAAUUUCAACACCUGUUUCUUAGAUGUAGUAUCUGUCUGUAAAAAUGGAUUUUGGACUAUAUAACAAAAGAUUUUUAGCUUAAGCCAACACUAGUCUUUUGAAGUGUUACUUGAAGUUGUUAACUACUUAUCAAUAUCGUGUUCAUCUGUUGCAUAUGAAGUGUGUUGCAUUCCAAACUUUGGAAUUCACAUCACCUCAGCCAUACAAAGCAUUUACUUUUCUUUCCCCUAAAAUAAGGAACUCUGCUCUGAUAGGUUCUUUUUAGCCAUGUAUAUCUUCCUUGCAAUAGGGAAAAUUGGUAUUUUUUUCACCAGUGCUGGUAUUUGCCAUCUAUGACAACAAUUUUUCCUUUCUUUUCACAAAUUCCUUCCACAGGCCUCAUUGCUCUUCUAUGGAUAGACAUAUUGCCCAUGUCUGACAUCAGCAGAUGCAGUGCUUUCAGACUCUAUAGAAAGUAAUGGUGCCUGACAUUUCUAGGGUGAAAGCCUCUCUUUGGUUUUAGUGCUAAUAGAAACAAUUUUCAUCUUGAAAAUCCAAAGCCAGAAUGUAAAUGGCUAUGUAGUAAACAGAAGAGAUUUUUUUUCUUGCAUUCCCAGAGAAUAAAGAAAAAAGAAAAAAUUCUCAUAUUGUGAAGUUAUACCAGAGUUCUGAAAUAAAAACCCCUACAUUCUUCCCAGA